CCAAGGUUCCUGGUGAAGCCUCAAUCCCAGACGGUGAAAGCCGGUGGUAUCGCCAGUUUCUUUUGCAGCGCCUCGGGUUCACCACCUCCACAAAUACAUUGGCGUAAAAACAGUAGAAAAAUUAUGCCAAACCAAUCGCGAUUCUUGGUUCAUCAGUAUGCGAAUGGCACGUUGUUGCGAAUCGAACCGGUGAAAAUGGCACGCGAUAGCAUCGAGUACGAGUGUCUUGCAGAGAAUGGCGUUGGCGAUGCAGUUACAGCGACUGCAACACUCACAGUUUAUGAAGCCGAAAAACUGCCAACGGGCUUCCCCAUGAUCACCCAGGCGCCGACGAUGAAGGUCGUGGAGAACGGACACAAAGCCGAGCUCUCCUGCUCAGCGGUCGGCUCGCCCUCGCCCAUUAUAUCCUGGAUGAUGAACAUGCUACCGAUAGACACCUCGAAUACUCGUUACACCGUCCUCGAAUCCGGAUCGCUACAGAUCACGGAAUCAGAUCCAUCGGAUCAAGGAAAGUACGAGUGCGUAGCGAGUAACUCCGUGGGCACGGAAUACUCCAAAUCAACGACCCUGUAUGUUAAAAUACGCAGAGUAGUGCCGCACUUCUCGAUCCCACCGAACCCCGUGAACGAAGUGAUGCUCGGCUCGUCGAUAAACCUGACGUGCGUCGCCGUCGGCUCGCCAAUGCCGUACGUCAAGUGGCGCAAGGAGCCGGCGACGGACCUUACACCCGACAACCAAAUGCCUCCCGUCGGCAAAAACGUCCUCCAGCUGAAAAACAUCCAAGAGUCGGCGAACUACACGUGCAUCGCCCAGAGCGAGCUGGGGAUCAUCAACACAACCACCCUCGUAAAGGUUCAUUCUCUGCCACUCGCACCCGAGAGCGUGCAGGUAUCCGAGAUAACGGCUACCUCGGUGAAGCUGUCCUGGUCAUACAAGGGUCCGGAUGAGCUCGCCUACUAUGUCAUACAGCAUAAGCCCAAGCACGCGAAUCAUGCCUACGCCGAGAUAUCGGGGAUCACGACGAUGUAUUACCAGGUGCGGAACCUCAGCCCCUAUACCGAAUACGAGUUCUUCGUCAUCGCGGUGAACGACAUUGGACGCGGACCACCAAGUACCCCGGUGCUUGUCACCACCGGUGAAACGAGCACCAGACCAGGUAGCGCGCCUCGUCGUGUUCAGGUUCGAGCGUUAAGCUCGAGCACAAUGGUUAUACAAUGGGACGAGCCAGAGACUCCAAACGGUCAGGUUACGGGCUACAAGGUAUACUACCCGACGAAUCCGGGCCAGCCGAUGUCCAGCUGGCAGUUCCAGACCGUCGAUAACAACCAGCUGACGACGAUCUCCGACCUCACCUCCCACGCGAUCUACACAAUCCACGUGCAGGCGCUGACGAGCGUCGGCCCCGGGCCCCUCAGUGCCCCCGUCCAGAUAAAGACGCAGCAGGGUGUGCCGAGCCACCCCCAGAUGCUCACCGCCGUCGACAUCGGCGAGACGAAGGUCACACUCAAGUGGAACAAGCCCGACCACAGCGCCGAGAAUAUUCUCAGCUACGAGCUCUAUUGGAACGACACUUACGCGAAGGAGAUGCACCACCGCAAGAUCCCGGUGACGGAGAACUACACUCUGACGAACCUCUACCCGAAUACGCUGUACUACGUGUGGCUGGCAGCGCGAGGCCAGCGGGGCGAGGGCACGACAACCAUACCACUUCCGGUUCGCACGAAGCAGUACGUCCCGGGUGCCCCGCCUCGCAAUGUGAGCGGCCACCCGAGCAGCCCGACCUCCAUUCUGGUCAAGUGGGAGCCGCCUCCGGUCGAACGGUCCAACGGCCACAUCGUAUACUACAAGCUGCACUACGUCGAGAGCGGACGCUCGGAUUCCGAGUCUACCAUUAUAACUCUCAACAACACGAGAUUCGUGUUGGACGAGCUGAAAAAGUGGACCGACUACAGGAUAUGGGUCGUAGCGGGGACGAGCGUCGGCGACGGUCCCCCAAGUUACCCCAUAACUGUCCGCACUCACGAAGACGUACCGGGAGAUCCUCAGAACGUGAAGGCUACCGCGAUAAACUCGACGGCGAUAUACGUUGAGUGGGAGCCGCCGAAGGUCAAAGAGCGCAACGGCAUCAUACGGGGAUAUCACGUUCAUGUGCAAGAGGUUCAUGAAGAGAAUAAGAAUCAACUGAACGAGCCGAUCCGUAAUAUAAUCCUCGAGGAAAACGUCCUCUACGCAAACAUAAGUGGACUGCAGCCCGACACUCGCUACGACGUUCAAGUGGCUGCUUUGACAAGGAAGGGGGAUGGAGCGAGAUCCGUACCCGUUCAUGUGAAAACUCCUGGUGGCGUGCCGAACAGGCCCCAAGUGAACGUCAAAGUUAUAAGUCGAGAGGAUCCCAUUGAGAUAGAGCUGGAGUGGAAAAGGCCGAGUGAAACAUUUGGCCAGAUCUUGGGUUACAGGAUACGAUAUGGAAUUAAAAAUCAGACGAUGAGAGAGCAUUUUAUUGACGGAGACAAGCAGUUCACGUACAGAAUCAAAGAUCUUGAGGAGCGAGGCGUCGACUACGAGUUUCGUAUUGCCGGAAAAAAUAACAUGGGCUACGGUCAGGAGCAAGUACGCAAUUGGUUUUGCCAGGAAAGCGCACCCUCGAGCUCGCCUACGAGCCUCUUCUUCAAGUUCCAGACUCCGGAUACUGUCUGCGUCACGUGGGAAUCGCCACCGUCGCAGUUCAGGAACGGCCAAAUCGUCUCAUACAACGUGCAGUUCCAAAAGAAGAACGACCGAUCCGUCGAGAUUUCUCGCAACGUCACGAAAACACGGGCAGUUUUUACAAAUCUUGAGGAAAACACCGAAUACGUAUUUCACGUGAAAGCCUACACUAAGUCCGGCGGUGGUCCCUACUCCGAAAAGAUCACUAUUCCAACGGAUAAGGAUAUAGGAAGGGCGCCAAUGUCGGUGAAAGCUAUCGCCACGUCGGAAUCCAGCGUUGAGGUUUGGUGGGAGCCAGUGCCGAAUCGCGGCAAGAUAAUUGGCUAUCAAAUUUUCUACACGACAACAGCUGUGGAAGACCUGGACGAGUGGAAGACGAAAACGGUCGGACUCACCGAAUCCGCCGAUCUCCUGAACCUCGAGAAAUUCGACGAGUACGCGGUGGCGGUGGCAGCCCGCUACAAGGACAGCCUCGGCCGCCUCAGCGACAAAGUCACGGUAAAGGUGAACCCGGAGGACGUGCCGCUGAACCUCCGGGCACCCGAGGUCUCCACGCACUCGAUGAGGCUUUCAUGGUCGCCGCCGAUCAAGCUCAACCCCAUCAACUACAAGGUGUCGUUCGACGCCGUCAAGGAAUUCGUCGACUCGCAGGGCAUCACGCAGACGCAGCUCGUCCCGCGGCGCACCAUUUUACUCGACUCGCAGAUGCUCUUCACGGACGUUAAGGACCUCCAACCCUUCACCACCUACAAUGUCAAUGUGAGCGCGGUGCCACCCGAUGAGCAGUACAGGCCACCUUCCAAGAUAACCGUCACCACUCAAAUGGCCGCACCCAAGCCAAUGGUUGGACCUGCCUUCUACGGUGUCGUCAAUGGCGAAGAAAUUCAGGUUAUUUUACCACAAGCCUCGGAAGAAUAUGGACCAAUAUCACAUUACUACCUGGUCGUAGUUCCUGAGUCCCUUGAGACUGUGAAUAAACAUCCCGACGAAUUCACCGAAGACAUGAUCGUGGGAAAAAAUUCGAAAGAGGGCAAUGUGCUCAAGCCUUACAUUACCGCCAAGUUUCCACAUAGAGAUAUACCUUACACUUUUCACUUGGGCGACGGGGGAACUUAUGAGAGUUACGUAAAUAAAAAAUUAGAUAAAGGAAAAAGAUACAGGAUAUUCGUGAGAGCCAUUGUCGAUACACCAAGAAAGCAUUUGUAUACGUCGUCUCCGUUUUCCGAGUAUUUGUCAUUGGACAUGAGAGAGCCCCCUCCCGGCGAUCCUCCACGUCGUCCAAAUCCCGAUGCGCCGAUUGACGGAAAUCCUGAAGUUUCGGUCGAUAUUAGUGGCCAAGAACCAGGCAUGGUAUGGGUCGUAGGUCCCAUAAUUGCCGCACUUAUGGUCAGCGUUUGCUUGGUACUCUUAUUUGUUAUUAAAAAGCGUAGGCAGCCAUGUAAGGCACCCGACCAGACAGCAGUCACGCGUCCCCUGAUGUCCGCUGAUAUAAGCUCGAAUCACGCUCCGUCCGAUCCCGUAGAAAUGCGUCGCCUCAAUUUCCAAACUCCUGGAAUGAUCUCUCAUCCACCCAUACCGAUAAGCGAGCUCAGUAAUCAUAUCGAGCGACUGAAAGCGAACGACAAUCUCAAGUUCAGCCAGGAGUACGAGUCUAUUGAGCCUGGACAGCAGUUUACCUGGGAUCACUCAAAUAUGGAGGUGAAUACUUCGAAGAACCGCUACGCGAACGUUAUAGCUUACGAUCACUCGAGAGUGAUUCUGCAGACGUGCGACGAAAACGCAAAUUACUGCGACGGAUACAGAAAACAAAAUGCAUACGUGGCCACGCAGGGACCGCUACAAGAGACCUUUGCUGACUUUUGGAGAAUGUGCUGGGAGCUGAGGUCAAGCACGAUCGUCAUGAUGACGAAGCUAGAAGAACGAACGAGGAUCAAAUGUGAUCAAUAUUGGCCAGCCAGAGGAACUGAGAGUUACGGCCAAAUGCAAAUCACGAUAAGCGACGUGCAGGAGCUCGCCACUUAUUGUAUCCGAACAUUCCAAGUAUGUAGACACGGCUACCCGGAGCGCCGCGAGAUCAAGCAGCUGCAGUUCACGGCCUGGCCGGACCACGGAGUGCCCGAGCAUCCGGCGCCGUUCCUCCAGUUCCUGCGCCGCGUGCGCACCCUCAACCCCGCGGACAGCGGCCCGCUGAUCGUCCAUUGCAGCGCGGGCGUCGGUCGCACGGGUUGCUUCAUCGUCAUCGACUCGAUGCUCGAGCGCAUCAAACACGAAAAGACGAUCGACAUCUACGGCCACGUCACCUGCCUCCGAGCCCAGCGCAACUACAUGGUCCAGACCGAGGACCAGUAUAUUUUCAUCCACGACGCCCUCCUGGAGGCGGUCAUUUGCGGUAAUACGGAGGUCCCAGCCAGAAACUUGCACUCACAUAUCCAAAAGCUCAUGCUGCCGGAGAUCGAUAAUAUAACGGGAAUGGAGCUGGAAUUCAAGAAGCUGUCGAAUAUUAAGGCGGACUCGACGAGAUUCAUAUCGGCGAAUUUGCCCUGCAACAAACACAAAAAUCGACUAGUCCACAUUUUGCCUUACGAAUGCACCAGGGUAUGCCUACAGCCACAGAGAAACAUCGAGGGGUCGGAUUACAUUAAUGCGAGCCUGAUCGAUGGAUAUCGGUAUCGGAGCGCUUACAUCGCCACUCAGGGCCCAUUGAACGACACGACGGAUGACUUCUGGCGCAUGCUCUGGGAGCACAACUCGACGAUCGUCGUGAUGCUGACGAAGCUGAAGGAGAUGGGCCGCGAGAAGUGCCAUCAGUAUUGGCCGUCGGACCGCUCGAUCCGCUAUCAGUGCUUCGUCGUCGAUCCAAUCGCCGAGUACAACAUGCCCCAGUACAUUCUGCGGGAGUUCAAGGUAACGGACGCCCGGGACGGCUCGAGCCGCACCGUACGCCAAUUCCAGUUCAUCGACUGGCCCGAGCAAGGCGUACCCAAGUCCGUCGAUGGUUUCAUUGACUUCAUCGGGCAGGUGCACAAGACGAAGGAGCAGUUCGGCCAGGACGGGCCCAUCACCGUCCACUGCAGCGCGGGCGUCGGCAGGACCGGGGUCUUCAUCACCCUCAGCAUCGUCCUCGAGAGAAUGCAAUACGAGGGUGUGGUCGACAUCUUCCAAACCGUCAGAAUACUGCGCACUCAACGCCCGGCUAUGGUUCAGACCGAGGACCAGUACCAGUUUUGCUACCGCGCCAGUCUGGAGUACCUAGGCUCGUUCGACCACUACGCCAACUGACAGCCAGAAAGCCGCGAGCUGAGGGAACCGACGAGGGAGAGGGCCGAUCGGCCGAGAAGCCGCGACCACACGAUCGAGCGGGCGGCCAAGGUGCGCAAGGUCUAGUGGUACGACGAACUCUCGUCGUCGUCGCCGCCGCGCCAUCGUUACUAUCCUCAUGAUCAUUACGAUGAUCGCCAUCAGCAUCAUCGUUAUGAGCAGGAGCAUCGCCACAAGCAGGAUCGUUAUCAUGAUUGUCAUGAUUACCAUGAUUAUCAUGAUCAUCGUCGUCAACAUAAUCCUCAUCAUCGAGCAGCGGCCAGUCAUCGUCACCAUCGCUAUCAGCAUCGCGCGGCCUCGUCGUCUGGCUUAUCCGCGAGCGACUUCGACGAGUGCUAAGUGUCCUCGUGUCCCGGAAGGCGCUCAAUCGAUUAGAGCGAUUGGCAAACGGUGCCGAAGAAGGACAAUCGGCAACGUCCUAACGCAGAUGGACGUUAUGCGCGCACUUGCACAUGCGCACGCGCGCGCG